AUGAAGCAGGAUGUAGGGGCUCUCUCCUCUGCUCUUUGUCACCCCAUUCUUCCCCUAACCCUCCCCCCCUCCCCCUGCACGCCUCUUUCCAACGCCUCUUCCCCACUCCUCUCGCCCACACCACUCCACCACACCUACUCCCCACUCCCUCUCUCCUACCCCUCUCCCCCACGCCUUUCCCCCACGCAUUUUCCUCACCCCUCUCUCCCACCUCUUUCCCCCAUGCAUUUUCCUCACCCCCCUCUCCCCCCCCCACCCCUUUCCCCCACGCAUUUUGCUCACCCCAUUCCCCCACCCACCCCCUUCCCCCACGCAUUUCUCUCACCCCUCUCCCCCACCUCUUUCCCCCAUGCAUUUUCCUCACCCCCCUCUCCCCCCCCCAUCCCUUUCCCCCUCGCAUUUUGCUCACCCCUUUCCCCCACCCACCCCUUUCCCCCACGCAAUUUCCUCACCCCUCUCCCCGUUCAAGAGGAUGCUGAUUUAAGAGUGAAGCCCCUCCGAUUCUCCAUCCCGAUUGCCAUCCGCACCUCUCCAGGUGAACACAGUGCAGCAAGCAGCGUCCAUCACACUGCUCCAAUCCGCCUAUCCUGCAUCACCUCAUUGCUCUCUCUUGCUCCCUCUCACCACCCUUCUCCCCUAUCACCCACCAGUGUGCAUAGUCCUGUCAGUAGCAUCCACCCCCUGCCAUCUCUACACCCACACAUUGAUCAGCAAGCCCUCAUCUCUACACUGAGGCCGGUGGCACGGGCUGGUGGUUUGCCGUCCACAAAAGCAGUACCCGGCAGGUGCAAGGCCAAGAUCCCCACUCUCAUCACCGUCGCCUUCAUUGAAACCUUGGGGACCUCUGGCACUUGGCUUUGCCUCGUCCCACCCUUCGCCAUCCUCGCCCUCGCAAUAGACAGCAGCUCAUUGCUCAACGAUGUUGAUUUCUGA